AUGACGAGCACAAGCAAUGCUUUCCCUUUAGCCACGCAAGAUCCCUAUACAGGCGGACAGGACAGCAGCGUGGGAUCUGCGAACUCAGGAGGCUCCGUCGACAACGAGGCAGGAGCAGCUGGUAGUACCUCUGGAGCAGUGGAAUUGUCUCAUGGGGCCUUAGUCGCCAUCAUUGUCGUUGUUGUGGUCGUGGCACUGGGUGGCAUUGCAUCUGCUGUGCUGUUCUAUUUGGCAAAGAAGAAGGAAUGGAAGAUCAAAGAAAGUAUACGCCGAUCAGCUAGGAAGGUCGUCACUGCUUUGACACCCCGUCGCUCUGAGUUUCCGAGGUCAGUCAAAGAAUCUGGCAGGUCGUCAAGGGGCCGUGUUCGACUGGAUGACGUACCGCCGACUCCACGAUUGAGACCGGAAGAUGUCGAGAAGGGUCUAGCUGUGAAGCCUAGCAUCCGCCAAAGCCCUGAGGGAAGGAAUACUCGGAGCAAGUGGGCUCGAAAGUAA